GCUCGCUGAUUGUAAGCUUAUCGGAUUAUUUUUUUUCUCUUCAUCGAAAGAUCAGGGUGCUUGCGAUAACGAUGUUGAAGAUUCUCGCGGGUAUACGAUUGUUGCAAUACGCGGUAAAAUUCGAUUGGAGGUUCUUCUCACGCAUGCCCGUCGUAGAUUGGAUGUUCCAAGAACGAAAACAUGGCGUUCCAGCCAAGCCGUCUUCCAUUCUGAAAUCGUCGAUACGUUGAAAAAAAGUUCGUUCAUUCAGACGAAUCUGAAUUAUUUCAUUGUUCGUAAAGUCUCGGUAAAAUUGACCAAGUGAUAAGGAGGUGCCUCGCCUAAAUUUAGUUAAAGUUUGAGUGAUCGGAUAUCCAAUUAUACAUUUAAAACAUGCUCGUCGAUAAACGUCCAGAAAUAAUCGCCGCUCUCAUACUGAUAGUUACGUUCAAUCACUUUUUGAAUUGCGUCGACGGUGAGACGCGGAACAGGGAUGGAACAGUUAAAAUAAGUAAGGAACAGUUGCAGAAAACAAGAGAACAACUGAAACAAUCGAAAGAACAGCAGAGGGCCAUUAAACUACCACCAUGUGCCGCGUGUAGGGGUCUCGUUGAGUCUUUCAGAAACGGUAUGGAAAAAACUGCACGGGGUAAAUUUGAGGGUGGCGACACAGCCUGGGAAGAGGAGAAGUUGAAAUCGUACGCGAAAAGCGAGGUACGAUUGGUCGAGAUCCAGGAAAACCUGUGCAAAGGUAGCGACCGGGGUGCCGAGCAGUGUCACAUGCUGGCCGAAGAAACCGAAUCGGAUAUCGAAGAUUGGUGGUUCAAUCACCAGGAUUCCAAGGACCUCUUGACUCACCUGUGCAUAGAUUUGCUGAAACACUGUUGUCCCGACAAACACUACGGUCCCGAUUGUCUGCCGUGCGAAGGAUACCCGGACAACAUCUGCAGCAACAAUGGAAAGUGCAAGGGCUCCGGUACCCGAAAAGGUAACGGAAAUUGCACCUGCGACGCCGGAUAUUCGGGCGACGUGUGCGAUCGGUGCUCGCCGGGGUACUUCGAGUCCUACAGGGACGAGAUAAAAUUGUUGUGCACCAAGUGUCAUCCGGCCUGCGACGGCGAUUGUAAAAACGGAGGCGCCGAGGCCUGCGAGAAAUGCAAUCGGGGCUGGGAAAUGAUCGAGGGUAAGGGAUGCGUCGACGUGAACGAGUGUCUCAUCGAGAACAAGGAGGCAUGCUCGGGUAACAGAUUCUGCGUGAACACCGACGGUUCCUUCGACUGUCUAGAGUGCGACAAAGCGUGCGACGGUUGCACCGGCGACGGACCGGACAUGUGCAUAAAAUGCGUCGACGGGCACAGAAAAAAAGACAACAUUUGCGUCGACUCCGAUCUCCUGGGUCGUAAGAGGAAGGAAAAUAUCGCCAGGUACUCCACGUACUUUGGCAUGUGUUUGGCGACUUGCAUUAUUCUACAGCGCAACGUUUACGCCGCCAGUGUUAUCGGUCUGUUGGUCGGUGUUUACAUAUCCGUUUCCGAAUACAUGAUAGCGUUCAGCACCGUUCAAGACACCUCGGCGAACAUGGAUAUUCUGGGUCCGGCUACGUAGACCAAAAAACCGAUCAAUUGUAACUCGACGACGAACGAAUCAUAAGCCAAUGAUUUCGAGCCCGAUGUUCGCGGAAUACAAAUUGUAAAAAACAAAAAAACAAAAAAACAAAAAAAAAAAAACAAAUAAUCUUUUCUUUCUACUGUACAGUUUGAUUUACGCUCGUAAUUUUAAUUAUCAAUAACUGUGAUCGAACGAUGAGACUGUUUUUUUUUUUUUUUUUUUUUUUCUUCGAUCCGUUCCGAUUUGUAGGAUUAAUUUUCGUCGUUGUGAUAAAUUGUUAAGUCUUCUUCGUUGUGCGAGUUCGAAAAUAUUUCGCGACAAGUCGAUUUAAAAUGAUCACCGAACAUUCCUAUAUCGAGAGAAAGAAAAAAAAUAAAUAAAUAAAUAAAAAAAAAACAAAUACAAUUACCUAAAACUUAAGGAUUAUCGUGUAACGAAUUUUUAUUCAAUGAAUAAGACAAAAGCGCACUGAACACUAUUCGACUAUAAGUACGCAAACUUUACCAUGCCAGUUUUAAUAUUUCUAGUCCAUGUACGAUUACGAAUUAAUGAUUAAAGUGAAAGACAAUUUUUCCUA